ACAGCAGACGCCAUUCCUCGCGCGGGCCCCGCGCCUCACCCAGACCCGGCUCGGUGGCUCCGGAGGCGCGCUCGAUCUGCGGCCGCGGGGGCGACGGACGGCCCGAUGCGCGCCCGCAGGCGGAUCGGAGGGCCGGGGCGCGCCCGUGGGAUAUUAUCGCGUCCCCGAAUAAUAUAAGGCUGCGAGUCAACACAGCGAACAAGAGUGAUAGGGAGAGAGGGCCGGAAAAAAAAUCACUGCAAAAUUAUUGCGAGGGCGAGAGGAAGAAGGAGGAGGCGGGGAAGCAAGGGGAGGCGAGCGAAGGACUAGAAGAAUCUCCCGAGACACUUGUGUCAAAUUCUGAAUCUGCAGAAUUGCUGCAUCUGCUCAUUAGCAAGAUGUCCAUUGAAGAAAGGAAAAUAAGUUUGAUAAACAGGACGACUUCGUUAAAUCCUAAUGCGGUAGAAUUUGUUCCUUCAUGCCUUAGAUCUGUGAGUGAUGCUUCAAACAGAUCGGACACAACCAAGAUUCCUGUCUCAGAGUCCUCCAAGGAAAUCAGCGCAGACCAACCAGAGUCUGUACCAAGCAACCCUGAUGAAGAAGCACAUCGGUAUUGGCAACAACAGCUUCCAGAUGAUAUCACUCCUGAUUUCAACGUUCUUGGCCAAGAUGAGACUCCUGGACCUGACAGUCUUUCACUCACGGGCUUGUCAGUGAAUGAUGGCUUUGGUGCUUCACUAUUUUCUCCAAACCAGACAUCAAGAAUGCAGCACCAUGCUUCUCCAUUUGUUAGGGACACGCUAAGUACACGAGGGAAGUUUGAAUUUCCUGGCCAAGAACAGCCGCAAGCUACUAUUAUGAGUCCCACUGCAAGUACUAUGAGUCCAACUGCUGCUCCAUGGGUAAAGACAGUAAGAAACGGUGGACAAUAUGGUACAAACAGAAGGGAUGCUAGUCACUACAAUGGAGAUUCUAGCAUUGGAUCCCCACUGCAGUCUGAUGCUUAUUACAGAAACCGGCGUAGCUUUAGGUCAAGUAUGGACAUCAUGACUCAGCUGGAGCAGAAUAAAGUUGAUGGACGACUCAAUCAGAAUCUCAGGUCACUGUCAUUUGGACAUUCAAGUCCCCCAUCACCAGUAUCAUAUGCUCAAAAUGGUCUUGCCAACUAUAACAAAGAGGCUUUUGGUCUGCCGAACAGUCCAUACAGAUCUCAUUCAGCCAUACUCACAGAUGAUAUAAUUUCACCUUCAGCUGGCAGGGAACGUUUAUCCCUAGAUUCUCCGAGGGGGAGGUACAAGACAACUAAUUUGCCUGUUACUAGUCUUGGUUCAAGCAGAGGCUCUCAUCUGUUGGCUGGCUCAUACAACGGUAAUCAUGAUAUGAUCUCAAACAACACACUGCAAAACAUUGCUGGAGUUCAAACGGGACCAACUUGGCUCGACACAGAUGCUACGGCUAACAUGUUUUUGGAAAAGGAUGAAGUUCAUGAUUUUGCAAGUCUAAGACAAGCACUUCUUGAACAGCAGGAUAGGCAAGCUUUUCUAACUAGUGGCAAUCCUUUAGCAAAGGAACUAAAUAUUAAGGAGCUGUACUCUAUCCAAAGCAGAUUAGCUCAGGAGAAGGCUAGAGAAAAUAUAUAUCAACAGAGAUUCCAGAUGCCAGAGUUGCAAGGCCUCAUCCAGGAGCAGAAUCCCGCGAUCGAUCUUUGUGGUCUUCAUGCAAGUGAGGCUAUGCACGUCCUGAACAAUGAACUCAACAACCGGAGGAAGAUCGCCCGUUCCACGGGCCGCCGGCUCCAGGCCAUCAUUAUCUCUAACCCCCGUACCCCUGCGAGGUUGACCGCCGCCAUCGAGCAGUAUCUCCUGGAGCACGGCCUUCAGUACACGCAGGCACAGCCGGGCCUCUUCCGCGUCCUGCUGCAGUGAAGUAGCAGGGACCGCCUAGGUGUUUGUGGACACGAUCAGAUGAAAUGAACAAAAAAAAAAAAAGAAUGACCUGUACUUCUGUAUAUGGCAGAGAUGAGUAGCAGAAUAGAAAUGAUACAGCAACGAUAGUUGGUUGUAAUGUUGGUAUAUCAGGGUUUUUUUGUCGGCAAAUACGUUGUAAAAUUUGCGGAAUUAGGCGAUAUGUUGUCCAACAGCAGUAGUGGAAAUGUCGCAUGCACGCGUUGAUGCUGCUGCGUGUUGAAGGCACAUAUGUUGUUUGGUUC